CACUUGCGUGUAUGAGGUUCCCGUAAUCGAAUUGGCAAUCCAAGACCAUACAUGGUGGUUGUAGACAUAUUUGGGCUUGGACUUGGAGGAAACUUUUCGCCAGCCAAGCUGCCUUCUUAAGAGUUUUGCCUACGAUAGACCGCAAUACGCCUGCAAGGACGUCAGCAAAAGGACCCCCACACAUCACUUUGGAAAGCAUGAUCUAAGUGUGGAUUGUGGUUUGCUCUAUCUGACAUGAUUCCAACAGCCGGCAGCUCCACUAUUAUGAGGACGCCUCUCUCAGAAAUCCCUUUUUGUCUAUAAAUACUCAUAUGGUUUGAACCAGAGAGUAUCCAAACAGCCUCCCCAACAGCUUCAUUUGCUUCAUAUAUAGUCAUUGGCUUGAGCUAUAAACAGCUUUUCAGUUGGUAUAUUACAUGGCUAGUGCGAAGUUUUGGAAUGUCAUGACAGGGCUGAAGCCAGUCCUGGCAAUGGUGGUGGUUCAAGUGUCACUGGGAGGAAUUAAUAUUAUGUACAAGUUGGCUAAGAGUGACGGCAUGAGCAUGAACGUUUUAAUCGCCUACAGAUAUAUAUUCGCUGCAGCUUUUACGGCUCCACUUGCUUUGAUAUUUGAUCGGAAGAGUAGGCAAAAAAUGACAUGGAUGAUCUUCUUGCAAGGUUCCUUAUGUGGUUUAUUUGGGGGGUCAUUAGGUCAAAACUUAUAUGCUGAGAGCUUGACUCUAACGUCCGCAACUUUUGCAGCAGCAAUGACUAACAUUAUUCCAGCCAUGGCAUUUGUCCUGGCAAUUGUCUUGAGGAUGGAAAGAUUAGCAAUUGGCACGGUUGCUGGAAAGUCUAAGGUGUUGGGCACUCUAUUAAGCAUAAGUGGUGCACUGGUUCUCACAUUUUACAAAGGAGUAGAGCUCAAUUUGUGGUCAACUAACAUCAACUUGCUGCAUCAUGGUGCAGCAACCUCACAGCAAUCAUCUAAUGAUCAAGUCUUGGGCUCAAUCUUAGCUGUUGUUGCUUGUAUGUGCUUUGCAGUUUGGUUGAUAAUCCAGGCCAAGAUUAGUAUGGUGUAUCCAAGCUACUCUGGAACUGCUCUUACUUGUGUCUCUGCAGCGAUUCAGUCAGUUGUAUAUGCCAUGUGUGCUGAGAAGAAAUGGUCAGCAUGGAAACUUGGUUGGGACAUAAGACUUCUCACUGUUGUUUACACGGGAGUGUGGGCCACUGGAUUGAUGGUUGCAAUAAUGAGCUGGGCUGCAAGGCUGAGGGGGCCAUUGUUUGUAUCUUCUUUCUAUCCCUUAAUGCUUGUAACUGUUGCAAUACUGGGGUCUCUCUUACUCGACGAGCAACUAUACUUGGGAAGCAUAAUAGCAGUAGUGUUGAUCGUAGUGGGCUUGUAUGGUGUUCUGUGGGGAAAAGGCAAGGAGAUGAAGCAGAACGCCCAAGUAGAUGGAGCAAAAAGCUCUACGGAGCCAGAAUUGAGAGGCAUUGUCAUAGAAACCUCAUCUAGUACUAAGGGUAAACCGACCGCAACAAGUACUAUUUGUCCCAUCCAAGCUGCUGACCGAGGAUCUGGUGCGGUUUCUCCUUCUGCAGUGGUGCAUGAAUAGCAACAAUAUAUCAUACUGAUAUCUUUUAUUUGGAAGAAAUUUUCAAGAAAUUUUUGUAUGUAUAUACAAAAUUCAUUUCUACCAACCAAAUAUCUUAAAAACAGUGUACCCGCCCCGUAUUUCCUUUGCCUAAAUUGUAAUAUUUUCCGGUAAUAAAUGAUUAAUGUUUCAUUCAA